AUGGCCGAAGAUGGAUCGUACAUGACGACGACGUCUCAGUCGCAACUUUCAUCCUCCACCUCGUCUCUUUCUCCCUCGAAGCUGUGUUCAAAGACCUAUAAGAAUGCUCGGGAACUCUUUCUGACACGACGGUUGCCAGAGGCCUUGGCCGCUCUUGAACCUGCCGUAAAUGUUCCGCAAACUCAUGACGAGCGGUAUGUUAACGGUGACGACUCAACGCCGCCUAUCGCGUCGGCUCAAGGUACUUGGAGAAUCAAAAUAUGGAAUUUAUAUAUCACUCUCUUGAGUUCCAUUGUCGACUUGGGGCCUGAGGAAGGGAAAAAUCAAUUUGGUCAGAAGAAGUGGAAGUCCAUCUCGUCUCAGGUGCGCGAUGGGCAAAUUUGGGAGACUGUAGUUCAGACUGGCUACAGAGGGUUGGAGGGGUCUGUCGAUGCGGAGGUCGUUUAUAAUUUAGCCACCCUCUUGUUGAAUCACUCUGCUUCCCAAGCUUUGAACCAGCAACGACUUGAAACCUACCUGUCCUCAUACGGCCAACCCAACCUGGACAUCGCAGAGCAUCUGCGCAAUUCUCCGUCUCACCAUUCUCAUUCCAGACCGAGUGGCGGCACGGACACUCCGAAAGAUUUGGCAGCGCGGGUUAAGAUCAUUGAGCUCUUCACACUUCACGUUCUUCCCCGCAAUGAGGAAUGGGACUAUGCCAGGGAGUUCAUCAAUAUGAGCGAGGUCCUGGACGAGGAAAGAAAAGAUGUCUUUCUACAGACCCUUGAGGGAAUUAAAGAAGAAAAGGAACAGGGAGAACUGCGCGCAGCGGCGCUCCAGCGUGAGAAAGACGCUGAAUUGGAGCGACAAAUGCGCGAGGAAGAGCGUCGGCGAGCGGAAGAAGCAGCAGUAGCCGAACGCUUGGAGCAAAAGAAUCACCGACGCAACAAUACCAAGGUAGAUUCUGGUAUCGAAAAGGCCCGACCCAACGGCACUUCGAAAGCCAAAGUGGGAAAGCCCACGGACAAAACGUCUGGUACCAAGUCAACUUCUUCAGGACGCACUGCGUUCUCGCCUCCUGCGCCGUCGAAAAAUGUCAAGAAGACUGACAAGCCGGCCAGAUCAAAUCGAGCUUUGGCAAAUGUGCUGCGCAAUAUUCUACAGUACAUCUCAAAGACCGUUGCUGGCAAUCCUCUGUCAAUAGCUCGCACACUCUUAUUCAUGCUAGGCAUUAUCGUGGCGCUAAGCAGGCAGAACAUCCGCGAGAAGAUUCGGAGAAUCACGGGCUCGGGAUGGCAGAAGAUCAAGGGCACUGUGGGGAUGGGAGUGAAGGUGAGCUAUAUUUGA